AUGGCUCUUGCGAAACUCGUGACGAUUCUCCUUCUCAUCGUCUCUGUGUCACCGACCUUAGCGGAAUCCAACGGUCGUGGACACAUCUCUGUACUCGUCUCAAAAACUGGUCUUGAAUUCGCGAAAGAUUACCUUAUCAACGAGGUGAUAUCUACGACGAUUCCGCUUAAGCUACCAGACAUCGAGAAGAAGGUUAAGAUCCCUUUAAUCGGGAAAGUUCGAAUGGGUUUAUCGAAUAUCCAGAUUUACGCGGUUCAUGUUCAGUCUUCGAAGAUCGAGACUGGAGAAAACGGAAUCGUUUUGAGUGUUUCAGGUGCUACCGCAGAUUUGAUCAUGGAUUGGUCUUAUACCUAUAAAGCUUCCUUCUUUCAGAUUUCUGAUCAUGGAGAUGCUUCUGUUAAGGUUAAUGGAAUGGAUGUGAAAGUCAGUGUCAAUCUGUUUAAUGAUGAUGGAAGUUUAAAGAUUGCAUUAUUGGAAAGUGGUUGUACGGUGAAAAGCAUUGGUAUUCAUAUCAAUGGUGGUGCUUCUUGGCUAUAUCAAGGAGUGGUUGAUGCAUUUCAGAAGACGAUACUAUCUACUGUUGAGAACACUGUCUCUAAGAGAAUUGCUGAGAAGAUGACAAAGCUUGAUUCUUUAUUGCAAUCACUUCCUAAAGAGAGAAAGAUCGAUGACUCUGUUGCGGUGAAUCUCACCUUUACAGGCAACCCUGUAUUGGGUGAUUCGUCGGUUGAAGCUGGAAUUGAUGGUUUAUUCAUGCCAAAUGGUAAUGAUGUUAAAGUUUCAGGAUCUCGGUCUUCGUUCUUCGGUAGCGAGGUUAACAGAAUGGUGGCGAUUUCAUUAAAAGAAGAAGUUUUCAAUUCCGCAACACUUGUCUACUUCAACGCAAAGCGGAUGCAUAUGGCUAUCGGAGAAUCGAGGAACGGGUCGGUUCUAAGCACAUCCGACUGGAAACUCAUCCUUCCACGACUGUACAAACAAUAUCCAGAUGAUAAAAUGAUGCUUAAUAUGUCGGUAACAUCGCCUCCUGAUGUUAAAAUCACAGAGAAUGGAAUUGAUACGACUAUUCAUUUAGAGAUAUCAAUCAAUGUUCAAGACUUUGGCAAAGUCCUAUCCGUAGCACGCAUAUCAUCGGUUCUGAAUGUUGCGUGUUCUGCAGAAAUCGCAAAGAGCAAUCUAACCGGUAGCCUCAGGCUAAUAGAUUUCAAUGCAACAAUGAAGUCCAGUAAUAUUGGAGAGCUUCAAACCAAAUAUAUACAGGCUGCGACAUCGACGGUUCUUGAAUCCUUGUUUUUGCCAUAUGUAAACACACGGCUCAAGAGAGGAUUCCCGUUGCCUAUUCCACACGGUUUCACUAUCAAAAACGCAGAGAUAGUCUUUGUUAAAAACGGGGUUAUGGUCUGCACCGAUAUAGCUUCUUAUUCUAUAUGA